AUGGAUACCGAUUUCAGCUCCACCGUCGACACCUCUCGUCCCUUCACCUCCGUCAAAGAAGCCGUUGCCAUGUUCGGCGAACGCCUUCUCCUCGGAGAAAUCUACUCUCCCAACCCAUUCUCAUCCGACACUCCAAUAAACAGAGAAUCAUCCUGGAGGCUGUCAUCAUCAUCAUCACCAUCACCAUCACCAAUCAAAACUCACCAAGACAAUGCCCACCUCGUUGAUGUCAUAAAGAAGCUGGAGGCGGAGCUUGAGAACACGAAGGGGGAGUUGAAGCUCCUCAAAGAAAGAGGCACCGAAACCGAGGUGGCGCUCGCAACGCUCAACGCCCAGCUUCACAAAAACAUGUCCAAGUUGGCUCAGGCCGAGGCCGCCGCCGCCGGGAAGGCUGCCGCUGCCGCCACGCCGACCAAGACGGUGAGGUUCGAGAUCAACGAAGAUGAGAAGAAAAAGGAGGUGGUGAGAAAGAAAGAGGAGUCGCAGCGUUUGGGCAACAUUCUGAGUCUGGGAGAAAACGACCAUCUUUUCGGAACCAAAAAAACGAGGAAACACAAACCAAUUAUCCCUCUUGUUGGGGAUUUCUUCUUCAAGCGAAAAUCAUCUUCCACUACUCAUCAUCACAAUCCUCUUUAUGCUUCUCCUUUUUAA